AUAGACCAUCUUACCUGUGACCUACAGCUGGAGGAAGAAAUGACUGACAGCUCCAAGACUGACACUAUAAAUAGCACCUCAAGUAGUACAACAGCCUCGAGCCUGGAUAAGAUCAAAGUGCACUCAGUUAGAUCAAUUUGCAAGACAACAGUGACUUCAUCAGCUAUCCUAACCGUGCUAAAGAAAGCCAAUCCCCCACCUCCACCUCCACGAUUAACCCCCCUGCGAUGUGAGGAGCCCCGCAGACUAUCUUACUGUGUUAACCCUCUGACGACCAAUGGGGCCUUGCUCCGCAAUGGUGCAUUCUUGUGUAAGACAGAUAAAAUGCCAAACGGAGAUGUGUGUUGUCUCCCUGGUAGCAAUCCAGAAAAAAUGCGCAAACAGCCACUGGUGCCCAGAGUUGCUAAAGAUAAAUGUCCAGAGGUUACACGGGAAAGAGUUCGAUUUAAUGAGGAAGUUCAGUACCAUGGCUACUGUCCGGAUUGUGAUGUUCAAUAUGACAUGAGAAACAGGAGCGUGCAUUUACAUGGUGAACUGAGCAAUGCAAAAGGAAAGCCACCGCACCAGUGCCCUCCCCUUGAAAAUGGAGGAUCAGGCAGUAACUUUAGUAAUAAUUUCCCAACCAUAAAGGCUAAAAUCGCACCUCCACAGACUGCUCCAAAACCUCAAAAAACUAUUCUGAGGAAGACAACAACCACAACAGUUUGAUGCAAGGAUCAUGUAAACUAUUUUGUAUCCUAACGAAUUGAGCACUUUCUACUCAAGCAAUAAAGAGCCAAAACACAUUAUACCCAGAGUUCUCCAGUGAAGUGACACAGAAGAAAUCAUGCUCCUUAAGACUGGAAGGAAAAAAUAACAUUUUGAAGAUACGUCAGUUAUUUCUGGCUUGGUCACUGCUGCAUUGUGACUUCAGCAAAUCAGACUCCUGACCUACAACAAGCAAAGCAAAGCAAAGCAGCUGACCCUAUGGAACCACAGCAUCAUUAAUGCCAGUGUGAUCUGGAUCAGAUCAUUUCCAGCAGCUCUCUAUACAGCCAGAAGCUUAACCUGAGCAACUUCUC